AGUUCGCUUCCGAUUCACAGUUAAGGGGAAAAUUAAGGAAAACAUAAAUAAUGACAUUUAGCGUCUGAUUCUCCGUAUUUUUCACCACCUACACUUAUGAAAAAGUGUUCAACAUCGCACCAAAAGCCUUAACGCUGUUAAAAUCCACUUUUAGAUUUGCGAACCCUUUAUUGCUUAUUAAAACAUAAAAAGGGGCGAUUUAACUGCUUUUUUCCCUUCCAAAACACAUUUGACCAGGUCCAGCUAUACUUAGACUUUCAAACAAUCUCUUGAUUCUCCUUGUUAAUCUAGUUUAGAUAUGACAAGUCUAACUAUAGUGUUUUUUGAUCUGGACCUGGUCUAAUAUUUCCCUUAACUUUCCCCUUAACCCCGAAUCGGAAGCUACGAAUCGGAAGCUUACUUCAACGUCGUCUUCGUUCAAAUGCUCGUUUGGUUUAGCUUACGCUAACGUGAUCUCAAAGCGCUCAGUGUUUUUACCCUUAUCAACUUGAUAUUGUCGCUAAAUUAAGCCAUGGAGUUUCUGCCUGUUCUUGAUCCUCUAGAUAAACCCAAAGAAGGAAUAUGGUAUUCUUUGAUACCCAGAGGAAGUGCUCCAGGUGUCAGUGUGGGCCACACCUGCACUUUUAUUCCAUCUGAAGAUGGAGGAAAAGGACAAAUCCUUAUUGUUGGGGGAGCCAAUCCCAGUGGAAGUUUCUCACAUUCCCAAGUUAUAAAUCUGGAUAAGCAUGAGUGGGACAUUCCAGAGUGGGAGGGUUUGGAGGCACGGUAUGAACACUGCAGUUUUGUGCCAGGCAGCUGCCCGCAGAGCUUGUGGGUGUUUGGGGGAGCACAGCAAACUGGCAAUCGCAAUUGUAUCCAGAAUAUACAGCUAACAGACAGUGGGUCCCACUGGAAGAAUGUACAGGUAAAUGGGGAACCCCCCAGUCCCAGGACAUAUCACACCAACUCAGCUUGCAUAGGGGACAAACUUUAUGUCUAUUCUGGAGGGGAAGCAGGAGCUGCACCUGUGUCCGACCAAAAACUUCAUGUCUUUGACACAGUGUCCUCCACCUGGUCUCAACCAGAAACACAAGGCAGACGCCCACCCGUCAGGCACGGCCAUAUUAUCGUAGCAGUGUGUUCAAAGAUCUACAUUCACGGAGGGAUGACAGGAGACAAAUUCCAUAAUGAUAUGUACUCUCUUGAUACAAGGAGCAUGAAGUGGGAGAAAGUGCAAGCCAAAGGAGACAUCCCGCCAGGAGUAGCAGCCCACUCGGCUGUGGUGCUGGGCAAGAACAUUUACAUCUUUGGAGGGAUGACAGCAGAUGGAGCCAGCAAUUUUAUGUACAGAUUCAACACUGAAAAAAGUAGAUGGAUCCUAAUGAAGUUUGAAGGAGAUGUGCCACCCAACCGCCUAGACCACUCCAUGUGUUUAUUGCAGUGGAAGGUGGGUGGUGAGGGGAAUGGAGAUGAGGAGCAAACCAACAGCCCAGCAGCCUCAGAGACAAUAAAUCUGGCUUUUGUAUUUGGAGGGAUGGACACCCAGGGUGUCAUACACAAUGACUGUAUUUUGACUGUGGUGACAUAAUGUGCCUCGAUGUGGUAAUCUUCUUAUGCUCAAGUUGUAAUAAAACAUUUGUCAAGUACACAAAGUAACUGCAUUUUUUUGUUGUAGUGAUGUGACUGAUCAAAUGGUCAAUUUUUAGAGCUUGUAUUAGAUGAAAACUGAAAGAUGAAAAGUAAACAUGUUUCACCAAAUUCAGGAUGUAGAGCUCUGAAGGUUAAAUAACUUGGAUGGUAAUAAGUGAAAUGUUAAUCAUUUGAGCCAGUGGAGAAUAUAUGUAAUUGUUGGACACAACACAUUAUUUACUGGUAAAAACAAUUGUGGUCGGUGCCAAAUAAUGUACCCUAAAAAUGUAAAUUAAUGUAACAAGAGACAACCAAGAAAUAUUUUGUAUCAAACAUUUAUUUCAAUGUCUUUCCAGAAGUACAAUGACCAGAUUCAAUAAAUAACUUUUAACGUU